UUCUGGGAGAGAGAGAGACUAAAAGCAUUCCCGACUGUAUCGGCAAUUCAAGGAAGAGAUUCCUUUGCUAGGAAGACCAAUAUAAAAAAGGAUUAGAAUGAAGCUUAUUAUUGGAAUAGGAGGUGUGACCAAUGGAGGCAAGACAACUUUGACGGGAAGACUCAUAAAGAACUUACCAAACUGUUGUGUUGUACAUCAAGAUGAUUUUUUCAAGCCCCAAGAUCAAAUAGAGCUCGGGGAGGACGGCUUUAAACAAUGGGAUGUGAUUACCGCCUUGGACAUGGACGCCAUGGUGAACACGGUUAAGGGAUGGAUGGAGAACCCGGUGAAGUUUGCACGCUCCCACGGCGUGACCGUUUCACCCGAAUCUGACGGCUCGGACCCUGAGCGCGAGAUCCACAUACUCAUUAUAGAGGGAUUUCUUCUUUAUAACUACAAGCCUUUGCUUGACGUCUACAACAAGUGCUACUAUGUCAGCAUUCCAUACGAGGAGUGCAAAAGGAGAAGAAGUACGAGAACGUACACCGUUCCUGACCCUCCUGGUCUGUUUGACGGCCACGUUUGGCCCAUGUACUUGAAACACAGGCUGGAGAUGGAAAACUGCGGCCUAGAUAUCCAAUAUCUGGAUGGAAUGAGAACAAAAGACGAGCUCUAUAAUCAAGUUUAUGAAGACAUUCAGAACUCACUGUUGAACGUCUUCUAGCAUCUCCAGUUGGAAUGAAGAUGUGUGUAUAGAACUGUAAAUAGCAUCAUAAGCAGAUAUGGCUUGUGCCACUAGACGGAUUUUGUAAAUAAAUGCUAACUUAUUUUAAAACUGAUGGCAAAAGCCUGUAAUUUUAUAUUGCUCUAUGUAACUUUGUUUUAUUAGUCUCUGGGAUGCACAGAGAUGAACAGUGUAUGUCGGUAUGAAUUUGUUUUCAUUUUACUGUAACUGAAGCUCUAUCAUCUUCAAUCAAAACUUGUCAAAGAAUCAAAAAUUCUGUGUUGUGUUUUCAUUUUCAACAUGCAUGGAAACAUCGACAUUUUUAUGAUUACAAUGUCUGGACGGUGAUGGAGGAAUGUAAUGGGCAAGCAUAAAACACUUCAAAUUAUUUAAUAAAAAAUGUUGAAAUAAAAAUACAGUAAAUAUA